AUGAAAACCAGCGACCUGCUGAAAAAAUACCACGCGAUUGCAGCCAUUAAUGGCAGCUACUAUAAUACCAGCAGCCCUUAUGGUGCAGCAACCUUCCUGCGGGAAGAAGGUACGACCACCGCUACCACUAAUGCGGCCCAUGGCGUUGGUUACCCGGACGAAAAAGCGCUUGUAUUCAACGCAGGCAAUACCAAUGUUAAUGUAGUGAACAGGCCGGCAGCCAACCAGCAGUCGCCUUUUGUAAGUGGCUGGAAUGGGUUUACCGGCUUUGAGAAUAUGAUGGCAGGCGGCCCCGGUUUGCUCACCGGCGGCAAUGUGACUUAUGAGUAUGUGCCGAUGGACGUAUCUCAUGAAGGUGCAUCGGGCAGCUCUUCCUGGAGAUGGCAUAUGUCGUUCUAUCCGUUUACCGCGGCUGGCGUUACUGCCAACAAUCACCUGAUCCUGGUAACCGGCGAUGGCAGAACAGCAAAUGUAGGCGGCGUGGCAGGGCUUACGGUAGAACAGGUGGCACACCUGAUGAAGGCGCUGGGCUGUACCGAUGCGUUAAAGCUGGACGGCGGCGGCUCUACCACCAUGGCUAUUGAAGGGGCUACUCAUAGCGAUGUGGUCAAUUACCCGAGCGACAACGGCAUCUUUGAUCAUGAAGGCGAACGCUCCAAUCCCAAUGCCUUGUUAUUGGUACCACGCAGCAGAAGAGGCUCCGGCUCUGCGCUUUCCUUCGAUGGUAAUGAUGAUCGUGUGAUUGUGCCGCACAGUACGUUCGGCAAUCCAACCGGAAGUUUCUCGGUAGAGGGUUGGGCUAAGAUCGAUAACGGCACUAAUGAUGAUGCCAUUAUCUCCAAGCAUGAUAAUAGCAGCGGCAGAAAAGGCUUUUAUAUUCAAUACAGCUACAGCAGCAAUAAACUGGGUGCCGGCAUUGGCCGCAGCAAUAAUAGCUGGGGCGCGAUCACGGCUUCAACGCCAUCCUGGUCGGCCAACCAAUGGCAUCACUUUGCCAUGACCUAUAACCCGGCGACCGACAGUCUUAAGUUAUAUGUAGAUGGUGAACCCGCAGGAGCAACGCUUGUACCCGAUCCUGUUUUCAGCACCAACAAUCUUUGCAUCGGUGGCUCUGAUUUUUAUCCGGCCAACUCCUUUAAAGGCGGAUUGGAUGAAAUACGCUUCUGGUCUAAAGAACUUACAGUAGCUGAAAUUAAACGCGACAUGCAUCGUAAUGUAUCCGUUACGGCAACGGGCCUCACGGCUUAUUAUAAGUUUGAUGAGUUCCUGGUAAGCCCGGUAAAAGAUUACAGCAGUAACGCGUUGACCGGCACCACCAAUGGCGGUAUGAACCUGCAUAACCUGAUCGCUUCCUACGCACCUAUUGCCGGUGAAAAAUUUGAUGGUCUUUCAGCGCUGGGCGCCAAUUGGUGGCCUUAUAAUAGCAACAGUCAAACUGGUACACAGAUCGCCGUUGCCUUUAACGCGGAGCCUAAGUACCUGCUGGUAGCACAUAACAAUCUUACCGGCGAUACAACCGCUGGCAUUCCGGCAGCGCUAACCAGGAGACUGAAGAGAAGCUGGCUGGCCGACAAAUUCGGAGUGGUAACGGAGUCCAUGAAUUUAUCUUUUACCACCACUCAACUGGGCGUUAGCCAACUGGAUUCAAACCGGGAAUAUUUCCUCUUGUUCUCCGCUGAUGGCAAUGAUUAUACACCACUUUCUGCUACCGGCACUUUAUUGGCUAACAAUACCCUUUCCUUCAACGGCAUCGCUAUCCGCGAAGGCUGGUACACGAUUGGCUGGAAACCGUUGAGCUUUUAUCAUGCACCCGGUAAUCGUGCUUUUGAAUUUAACGGCGCUGCCAAUAUUGUAAAAGUACCUUACAAUAAAUUCGGGGCUCCUGCGGCAGAUUUCUCUAUUGAAUUAUGGGCCAAGAUCGGCGCUGGUGGCAGCGGAGAUGAUGCCAUUAUUAAUGCCAAUGAAAAUGUUUCCAUUCAUAACCCCGCCCUGAAAGCCUAUUAUAAAAUGGAUUCAUUGGUCAAUGGUUACCUGCGCAAUGAAACGGACACGGCCUUAAAUGGUAUUGCCUCCAACGACAUGAGUAAUACUAAUAUUAUUACUUCUUAUGCGCCGGUGGAUUUGCAGCCGAUCAACAAUUUCGUUACGUACAAAGGCAACUGGUCUGUACGCAAUAAUAAUAUCAAUAAUGGCCUGCAUAUCGAAUCAGGAUUUACCACAGAAACUGGUUAUAUACUGCACAAAAACAAUAACCAGACCGGCGUAGACACUACCGGUCCAGUGGCAGACCGUCAGCUGAACCGGGCACGAGAAGCUCCCGACCAGGUUGCGCUUGUGUUCAAUGAACUUGCUAUCACCUAUCAGCAGUUGAAUGAACAGGCUAACUGUAUGGCAAGAUACCUCCGGCAGGCAGGUGUAAAGAAAGAAACCCUGGUGGCCAUCUGCCUGGAUCAGUCUGUUGAAAAAGUCAUCAGUAUGCUGGCGGUGCUGAAAGCCGGCGGCGCUUAUAUCCCUUUAGACCCUCAUUAUCCCGCCAGCCGCAUCAACUUUAUAUUGGAGGACACAAACGCGCCCUUCCUCCUGACCCAGACAUCGCUUGCAGCCAAGCUGACUGAAUUUAAAGGGCAAACCAUUUACCUGGAUACAGCAACGGUACAGGAGCAAAUAGCAGCCUUUGCCCCGGGCAAUCUCACAGCGGUAAAUACCGGUGCAGACCUGAUGUACAUCAUUUAUACUUCUGGCAGUACCGGUACCCCCAAGGGCGUUAUGAUAGAACACCGGUCGGUAGCUGCCUUUACCGCACAUCAUAGUAAAGUGCUCGGCAUCCAGCCAAUGCAUAAGGCGCUCCAAUUCUCAUCUACCAGCUUUGAUGCCGCUGUGAUUGACUUGUGGAUACCGCUGUUGCAGGGGGCUACACUCUACCUGUAUCCUAACAAUAAAUUCAUUGGCGCACAUCUGCUGGAUUUCAUCCGGCAACACCAGAUAGACAUCGUUCCGCUGAUAUCACCUACCGUAUUGUCUUCCCUUCCGGUAAAUGAGCCCAUUGGGAAUCUUACGGUCAUUGGUAUCGGUGGUGAAGUAUGCCCCCCCUAUACAAUGCAAUAUUGGUCGGAGCAGGUAAAGCUAUUUAACUCCUAUGGCCCCACGGAAGCCACUGUUGCGGUGACCAGCAUUUUAUGCAGGGAACAUUUAACGCCCAAAACAAUCGGCAAAGCAGCACCGGACAUCGACCUUUAUAUUCUUGACGAACAGCUGCGUGAGGUAGCGCAUGGUAUGCCCGGGGAAUUAUUUGUGGGUGGCAUACAGAUAGCCAGGGGUUAUCUUAACCGGCCGGAAAUAACGGCUGAGAAAUUUAUAAAGAAUCCGUUUGCACCUACAAACCCCGACAGCACCCGCCUUUACCGGACCGGCGACCUGGUAAGGCGGCUACCUGAUGGCAAUAUUGAAUUUGCAGGCAGGAUGGAUGACCAGGUAAAAAUAAGAGGCUAUCGUAUAGAACUUGGCGAAAUUGAAAGUGCACUGAGCCGGUUAAAGAAUGUCCGGCAGGCGGUAGUACUUCCAAGAGAUGGGCAGCACGGCCAUGUAUUGCUGGUUGCAUUCAUUGUGCCAGAUGAUGUACUGCCUGCAGACACAGAGCUUAUAGUACAACAGUGGCGACAAACGUUGUUACAGGUACUGCCAGCCUAUAUGGUGCCGGACAGGUUUGAGCUGCUGGAAAAAAUGCCGGUGAAUGUUCAUGGGAAAAUAGAUAAAGAUCAGUUGCACCUAUCCGUUAAAGACGAUGCAGACAAUCUGCUACCUGCUCAUAACCUGGCACCGGAAGACUAUGCAUCUGCUAUCAGCAAGGACGCACAACUACGUGUUGAUUUCAAUAUAACAACAACGCCCGCCCCUGAAGUAUUGGCUGCUCCCGCACAUCUGUUCCUGACCGGUGCUACCGGUUUUGUGGGCGCCCACCUGCUGGCUGAAUUGCUCACCGGAACCCAGGCUACGAUCCAUUGCCUCGUACGGGCGGACGAUGAUGCCCGUGCAAUGGAUCGCCUGCGCCAUACUUUUAAAAAAUUCAACCAGCCCUGGCAUCCGGAACUGGAGGACAGGAUCAUCCCGGUAACCGGCGAUCUCUCAUUGCCUAUGUUUGGCCUGGAUGCCAAACGGUAUGACAAGAUCACCACAGACAUCGAUGUAAUCUAUCAUUCCGGCAGCUCGGUGAGCUAUCUUCAACCUUACCCCGUUAUUAAAGGCCCCAAUAUCGACGGGCUCCAGGAAAUAAUAAGAUUGGCCACAACAGGGAAAAUGAAAUACCUCGCGUUGCUCUCUUCUAUGGGAGUAUUUAGCUGGGGCCGGCCCUUUACCAGUAAAACAUGGAUGAAUGAAGAAGAUAGUAUUGAACAGAAUCUUUCUGCG